AUGGCAGUCUAUCUGGACGAUGGUGCCAUUAACGAGUCAUUGAAACUACACAAAGCACCUAGACUAGAAACUUUGGAUAUAGCACUCGGUCCAUAUUGUCCUACUGAUGCUAAUGUGGUAAACUGGUUAGAAAAUGCGGUUGAACGUAGGGUUUUUGUAGAUGUUCAUUCUCCCGUAUGCCUCCCAUCCCUCAAAGAUGAAGAUUCUCUAGUUGGGCUCUUAUCGAGUUGUCCUAUUCUCAAUUAUUUGCAUGUGGAGCGACAUGACCCAGACAAUGUGACAAAGUUUAGUGUUAAAGUGCCAUCUUUAGUGACUUUAACGUAUCUGAACCAAACAGAACUCGGUGAAGAAGAUGUAGAGGAUAUUGGAGGGUCUUUGGUCAUAGAUUCAGCUAUUUUAAAGAAAUUCGCCAACAUAGAUUGUUCCACAAACUCAUGCUCGAUUGAGAACAAGCCUCACCUUGAUAAUGCAGUUAUCUACGUUAAUAGUAACCUUGAUGACAAAUUUAUUAGAUGUCUUUCCUCAAUUAGGUUGUUCGAGAUAAGUCUAAGCGUUUGCAACGAUUUUCCACUUUCGUUCAAGCAACCGAAUGAUGUACCUAUAUGCUUGUCAACCAAACUCGAGAUCUUUGGGUGGAAAAAAUAUGGAGGAACAAGGGAAGAGAAACAAGUAUUAAGAUACAUUCUUGCCAACUCCAAGUGUUUGAAGAGAGUUGGAAUCUCUCUGAAACCAAGAUGGAUGUGGAAUGAAAAGAAGAUAAUGAAGGAGUUAAAAUCCAUGUAUAGGGUUUCAACAACAUCUCAGCUUCUCUUCUCUACUCAAUUGGAGUUUGUGGCCGACGUUGAGAAUAACUGA